AUGUUGAAACCCUUUCAAAUCAGAGACCUCCGACUACCUCGGCAAAUUGAGCAGCUUUCGACUCACCCUAAUUCUUUGGGGAUUGUUCGGAUCUCUACCACCGACUACGAUGAGAUAGCAUCAAAUUAUCCACGCGCAAGGCUAACUUACCUGGAUGAGGAUGAGGAUGAGGAUGGCAAGGAAACGAUUACAGUUGGAUCCGCUCUCGAGCUUUCCCAGCGCCUUGAGGAGUCCAUAGACAUGGACACACGCCUCGAAUCCAUGCAGCUUCAAGAUGACGCCACUCCUAUGCACAUAUUUGAUAUCCGUCGAUCCAACUCCGUGACCGAAUUAUGGAGACGAUAUGAAGACAACUCUAUCGAGCAAUUCUCUACUGAUGAGGGAAAGUGCGAUAUACCUGAUGUCACUCCAUCUGUUCUUUCCAAAGACCAACAUGAAGCCCCAGCUUCUAAUGAAACAAUUCUGCCACCGGUCUUCAAUGAGCCUCCGUCUCUGAUGGAAGCCUUCGAAGCCGAGCUAGCAGACAUUCUUAAUUCCGCCGAAACUUCAGAGAAAAGAUCGACUCCUUCUGACUCACCACCUACCCCCAACCCAUCUGCCAGCACAGACUCGGAACGAACUCCUCACCCUGUGGAGAUCCUGGCAACGCAGCUCAUGGAUCAGCUCAUCAACGGAGCCAAUAUGGUGCAAGGUGAAUGGAGGUCAAUGAUGCCAGAUUUACAGAGGCAACUACAAAAUGCCCAGAGACAAUUCGAAGCUGCACAUAAAUCUUUGCCGGAAAAUAUGGAGGUAUCAUUGCGUACAUUGCUUGCCAACCUUGAGGCUCACAUGAAAGCUGCUUUCGGUAAUAUUCCAAAUGGAGGAAGACAAAUGGCAGAAGAUGUCUUCCAAGCCGGGAGGCCUGUUGCUGAGAACGCCGCCGACGGCUUCCGUAUGAUGGCGUCGGAAUUCAACGAGGUCGGAAGAACCUUGUUUGCUGCGUUUGAAAGCGAAUUUGGGCGAACGGAUCCAAACACUGCUUCGAGCAACGCACCGGCUGCACCAGAGCCUGCCUACCCUCAGAAUUCAGCGUAUUUUUUGAACACAGCCACGAACGAAAAGUCAUCAACUUUAGAUGCAUCGAAGACUUCGGGCGCUGCAGCAAGCGCUCAGUCCCCCAGUCCCUUAGGCACCGCAUCAGGUGAUCAGCCUCAUCACCAUUUGCCACCUCAUCUAGACCGCUGGGCACCUCCUUCUUUUCCGUCUCCAUUCGUGAAUUUCUCCCAAUCCUAUAAUGCGCCGCCUCAUGCACCUCGAAUCUCACCUCUCCAUCUCCCUCACUAUGCCCCCAACUCUCCCCAGCGGCCACCAACUUUAAGAGCACAUUGGGCACAAUACCGAGCAUCUCAAAAGCCGCAAUUUCAACCUGAGCCAAGGGCUCCUUCAUUCAAUGCCUCGUCACAAGUCGAACGUGUACCAAUCGCUGAGUCUGAAGCGUCUAAACAGGACCAGGAAACCAAGUCCCUGUUCAUUGGAAAUGUCGGCUUCAAGGUUACCGCAAAGAUGAUCCAAGGCGUUUUUGCUUCGAAAGGUUUCAUAGUCGAUGUCGAUCUUCCGAUGGAUAGUACCUCUGGAAGACAUGCAGGGUUUGGCUAUGUCCAUUUUCCCUCAGAUCCUCCAGCCUUCGCCGCAAUGGAGGCCUUGCAAGGUGCUCUCAUUGACGGCCAUUCCAUCAACCUUGAGCAUAUGGAUCACCCUCCCAUUGAACGAGUGCAUCCGGUGCAGAGCAACGAUAAAUACAAUGCUGCAGGUGCAGUCGUUACCCAAAGCUCUCGAACAGAACUCAGCGAUGUCAACGAUACUGCUUUUGAACGUUACAGCCCUGUAGAAAACAUUGCCUCCCCAUCUGCUGCCAGCUCCAGAUCCUCUUCCAUGAAAGAUAGCAAAAAGUUCAAACCACUUGGCGGCGUCAACUUCGUUGGUGCUGGCAGUUCAAGUACUGGUUUUAGUAAUGCUCGGGCCGAAUCGUCUGCUCUGCUUGAUUCUCCAGGUGACGACGCUGCAUUUAGUGCCCGCUUCCCCUCGCUUCUACCCGGGACAGGCGCACAGCAUAACGCCCAACUAAACACUCAGGUUCUUCCUUCGGGUCCGCAUGCAGGAGAACUGGAAAUGUCGCGAUUCCCGCCCGUUUCACAAAUGGAAGCCCAGCUAUUUGCCAGUCCCCCGGUGACUAACUCCAACGAGGCCCCUCUUGCGGCCAAGUUGAAGCGACGAGCAACUGAUUAUAACCCUCAUCAAGCAACCCCCCGUCAUGCUGGUAUGCGUGAUCUAAACGAAAGAUCGCAUGGCGCUGUGGCACAAGGCACUGGGGUACAGCUAUCUAAAGGAGAACGAAGCGGAUUCUCUUCUCAUCCCCAGCUUCCUGGAAGCUUUCCAACGGAAGAAAUGAGGCUUGCUUCAACUUCAACUAAAACCGAUGAGAGUGCUCGUGGGUCCGAUGGUGCAGAUAUUGAAGCAUGUGUUUCUGCUCUUGUCGACAUCGGCUACGGAACUGAACAAGAAGGUGGGCGACCCAGGAUGGCAGUCUAUGCUGCUGCUGCAAACGGUAGUCUCAUGGAUGCUAUUGAUAUGAUUGAAGAAGAAAGAAGGGUGUAUGAACGACGGGCUUCGCAGUGA